AUGGUCACCGAAUUGAUUCUUCUUUUCAGGAUUAUAGAUUUCAAUUUUUUUCCUCAUCGCAUAUCAGACAGACAUGGUGACUCACCACCAACACUAGCUACCUCACGAUUUAACACCUACUUUGAUAUCUUCAUCUCAGCAUUGGUGUAUUCAGCAAUUGCUAUGUCAUUGUUCUUCCUUUAUGCUGCUUCUCCAAUGUGGAUUGCAGUGUUUGUCACAGCCACUGUCAUUCAAGUAUUUGCUGUAUGUUUGUGUGCCCUGUUGUUGUGGACACCUCUUGGCACUCUCUCUGAUGAGAGCCCCGCCAGUCAGUGCACUGAGGAAGCUUCCACUGGUUCCCACUUGCUGGUCAUAUGCAAGUCACUCGUGGAAAAAUUCUCUGGAUGGUACCCUUGGCAUGUUUGUGGAGCGAUACUGGUAAGCUUGCCAGCAACAUCAGUACUUGCUAAUUUUUCAUGUCCGUCAUUAGCUCUGGGAAAUGAAACACUAGGAAAUGCAGAAGAUUAA